CAAGAAGGCAAGACGCUGCACGCGCAGUUAAAAUGAAAGAAGAAAGUUCCAUCUUUUACUCCAUCGUCUUAAAAUCUUCCACGUCCAACGUUAAAAGCUCUUAUAAAAUAUGAUUGCCAUAACAACUGCAGCAACAGCAACUGCUACUACGGUCAACAAAAGACACGUCCUCCCUAUUUGCCCUCACCACCAUACAGGUGAACAGGUGACUGUAUUUUGAUUUCCGCCCAGAUGCUCCCGUGACAAUUACCGUAUAGCACCAAAAAGACGUGACACAUACAAUCGAGAAUACGAUGAAAACAUACACACACAUAUAUGACUGUAACAGGAACUUUAAAACAUUCCCGCUAUCGCUGACAUUACAGCCUGAUUGUAGGCUGCAUCAGUCCAGAGGCGGAACAGACGCAGCACCGGAAGUAAAACACAGUGCAGACACAGGAACAUGCUCCUGCCUAAACAUAAAAAUAACAGUUGUCAUUUACCUGUUAUCACUGUGCCUCUUACAAACUGGUUACUUUUACUAGUUAUGUCUCCAGCUUUUUAAACUGACGUCCAUGUAACAAUAAUUGUGGGGAACAUUUUAGCUUCCACAAUGUCGAGGUGCGACGUUUUUCAGAAUCAGAUAGCCUCCAUUAUAGAGGUACUGGUAAGAGCCGCGGUGUCCGAAAUGAGGAAAGUUAUGGGAGAAGUUUCCAGUAAAUUAGCGCUGGCGUCUCUCGCGGCUGGAGCGACGGGCAAAGAGUCCCCGCUGCUCGCGGCGCCGCGUGAAAGUGAAAUUAACGCGGCAGAAUUAUUGCCAGUCAUGGAGAGGCUGGCUAAAGAAGCAGUGAAGAAAAUUUGCUGCCUUGUGAAUGAGGACUCUGCUGUGUUACGUUUGGAAGUGACGCAAAGCCAGAAUGAAAACGAAGCCUUGAAGAGAAAAUUGUAUUUGAUGGAGGAGGAGCUGAAGGCUGUGCAGAGAUGUGUAGAUGGACAACCAGGAAAGCAAGAAGGUCUUGUAAGCAGCCCCUGUCUGAGAGCUGAGCUUGGUGCUCAGUUAAAACGGUCUGAAGGAGAAAACUGUUUUUCUACCAUCAGUGAAGGAAGAGAAACUGCGUCUUCCAAUUUGGAGAGGAGAAAUGCAUCAUCUUUCAUGAUGGAUGAGUCUGCAGCUGUUGAAUUAGAUGGGAUGGAAUCUGUGAUAAUCAAAGAUGAAAUAUUUGAAGAGGACUUUGGAAACACCACUUUGCACAAAGGACAGAGGAUCAAUGGAAGUGGACCAGAAGAUUUCAACUCUGAUCCUACAGAACUUCUCCUUGAACCUCAGGAAUAUGCUCAGAAUGGUGAAAAUCCUAGGAAAUACACAGAGCAACAAAGUGCACAAUGCAUACGAGAGGAGUUAAUAGAGAACCCUGAACUUAAAGAUGGAAAUAAAUUUGGAGAGUAUUCAAAAAAGGUAAACAAUGUUACAGCCAGCAGAAAAUGCAGCAAAGGAGAGAGACUGUUGAAACGCACACGCUAUGCAAAAAGACAUUCCCAGAAGAUACAGCAGUCUGCUCCUUCAGUGGACAAACCUUUUAGCUGCACGCAGUGUGAUAAGGCUUUUGCAGUGAUGCGCAGCCUUAAAAUACAUCAGGCGGUUCAUAAAGGUCAGAAAGCACUGAAAUACACCUGUCUUAACUGUGGAAAGGGUUUCAGGAAAAAAAUGCUGCAUGAAGAACACCAGAAACUUUGUACAAGCGAGAGAAAUGGUUCUGGUCAUAGUAAUCCUAGUAGCGAAGAGGUGAUGCCCAAAUCAGUGAAUUCAUUUGUCUGCACUGGAUGUGGGAAGAGUUUCAGCCAAAUACAUAGUCUCAAAGCUCACCAAGUUGUUCAUUCAGUUGAGAAACCAUUCAGCUGUACAUACUGUGGAAAAGGCUUUGCCGUAAAACACAGUCUUACAGUUCACCAGAGGAUACACACGGGUGAAAAGCCAUACAGUUGUGUUACAUGUGGUAAAACGUUUUCUCAAGCUAGUCAUAGAAAAAUGCAUAGCAGAGUUCAUACAGGAGAGAAACCAUUCACCUGUGAUAUAUGUGGGAAAAGCUUUGGUGAUACCAGAGGUCUUAAAGAACACCAAGUCGUUCAUACAGGUGAGAAAGCUUACAAAUGUGAGAAAUGUGGGAAAUGUUUUAGUCUUGCAGUUAAUCUGCGAAGACAUCAUCGGAUUCACACCGGAGAGAAACCAUACAGCUGUGAUAUAUGUGGCAAAUGUUUCAGCCAAGCGAGCAAUGUUAAAGCACAUAAACGGAUUCAUUCUGAUCAGAAGUCAUAUACAGGAGAGAAAUCAUAUUAUGAAGACAAACCUUAUAGUUGUAGUAAAUGCGAGAAGAGUUUCAGUCAUCCAAACGGUCUUAAAACACAUCAGUUAACUCAUACAGGAGAAAAACCAUUCAGUUGCACUGUCUGUGAAAAGAGUUUCAGAUGUCUCUAUUCUCUUAAGACACACCAACGAUUUCACACGGGAGAGAAACCAUAUAGUUGCGUUAAGUGUGGAAAAUGUUUUGGUCAGACAAGUGCCCUUUUGUCACACCAAAGGGUUCACACAGGAGAGAAACCCUUUAGUUGUGACACAUGUGGGAAGUGUUUUAGUUUUACAAGCAGUUUUAAAGCACAUCAGCGAAGUCAUACAGGCGAGAAACCGUUCAGUUGUGUUAUUUGUGGAAAAAACUUCAGUUUUUUAAGCAAUCUUAAGAGGCAUAAACGUAUUCACACUGGAGAAAAGCCAUUUAGCUGUCAUAUAUGUGAGAAAAGUUUUAGUCAAGCGAACAAUCUGAAAGCUCACCAGCAAAUUCACACAGGUGAGAAACCGUAUAUGUGCGACAAAUGUGGCAAAAGUUUUGCAUAUUUAAGAAAUUUGAAGGAACACAAGUGUGUUUAUGGCUGAUAAAAUUUAGAGGGAGAGCAUCAGUAAUGUGCUAUUGUUGCACUUUUGUCAUUUAAAUUGUUGCACUAUUUCAUAUGUGAAAACAGUCAUUUGCAAUCACUGGUUUUAAUUACAAAACUUAAAAUACUAUUAAACUUUGCAGUUUUCAGCAAUUUUUGGAUUGUCUUUUUCAGGUACAGUAAUAUGUCUGACAUGUUACAAGCAACAGGUGUUAAAAGCAAUAAGUAAUUGAUCCAUUUUUUGUGUAUUACUGCAAAUAAAUGAGGAAUGAGGA